AUGCCGGUGACGGUUCUGGACUGCGUUGCUCUCGCCGUCUACUGCUUCACCUUCCUGUUGGGCCUCCCCGCCAACGCGCUCGUCCUUUUUGUGUACGUGCGCAAGGCCCGGAAGCACGGCGGCACGCCCAACGUGGUCUACGCCCUCAACCUGUGCCUGGCUAACCUGGCGCUGGUGGCCUGGCUGCCCGUCAAGGCGCUGGAGACGGUGCUGAAGGACUGGAGGCUGCCGGCGGCCAUGUGCCCCGUCUUCAGCUUCUUCCUGUACGCCUCGCUGUACGGCAGCUGCCUGUUCAUCACCGCCGUCACGGUCGGCCGGUACCUCAGCAUCGCGUUCCCCAUCAUCUACAAGAGAUACCGCCGGGCCAGCCUGUCCUGCCUCGUCAGCGCCGCCCUCUGGGUGGUGGUGCUGGUGCACCUCGGCUUUGGCCUGGUGGCCGAAGGCGACGCCCACUUCGUCUACGUCCAGGACGACGGCUCGUCGUGCUUCGAGCACUUCAACGCGUCCCAGCUGGAGGUGCUCCUGCCCCUGCGGCUGGAGAUGGCCAUCAACUUGUUUUUCUUGCCUCUGGCCAUCACGUCGUUUUGCACGCUGCGCUGCGUCACCCUGGUGUGGCGCUCCAACCUGCCGCUGGCGGGCAAGCGGAGGGUCCUGGCGGUGGCCUUGUCCACGCUGGCGGUGUUUGUGGUGUGCUACGCUCCCUACAAUGCCUCGCACGUCGUGGGCUUCGUGCAAAAGGCCAACGUGGAGUGGAGGAACGUCGCCAUGCUGACCAGUUGCUGCAAUGUCUUCCUGGAGCCGGUGGUCAUGCUCCUGCUGUCGCCAGCCAUGUCCAGGGGCAUUCUGGGAAGAGUCUGCGGACGGCAGAGUCAGUUGGCACGGAGCAGAAGGCAUCGGCAUCGAUUCAAGACCACAAACAUCCCGGCACCCACGACUCUGUCCGAGAAGAGCCAGGCGGGGGCCGAGGUGACAAAGGAGAGCCACGGGUGA